AUGUCAAUCUCGGAUUCCAAGUCGAGCGCCGGAGAGGAGUCAAGUAUGGAAAAAUCAUCCCCAGCUGCUGCCACCGAUGAAUAUCCUCACGGAGCCCGCCUGGGUGUGAUCAUCCUUUCACUCAUGCUGGGCAUGUUCAUGACAUCCCUUGACAACACCAUUCUUGGUACAGCCAUUCCCAAGAUCACCGAUGAAUUCCAUGACUUGAACAAAGUCUCCUGGUACGGGUCCGCAUACUUCAUGACGCUCGGAGGCUUCCAAUCCACAUGGGGAAAGCUGUACAAAUACUUCCCAAUCAAGCUCUGGUUCCUCAUUGCCAUGUUGGUCUUUGAGGUCGGGAGCCUUGUCUGCGGAGUCGCUCAGAACCCUACCACGUUGAUCGUUGGCCGAGCCAUCGCCGGGUUCGGUGCCGCUGGCAUCGCCGUUGGAGUCUUCAGUAUGAUUGCUUUCUCGGCUCCUCCAGAACGGCGCCCAGUGCUGCUAGGCUAUGCAGGGGCCACAUACGGUAUCGCCGCGGUGCUUGGUCCCAUUAUCGGUGGCGCCUUUACGGACAAAGUGACCUGGCGCUGGUGCUUCUACAUCAACCUACCCAUUGGUGGAGUAGCUGCUGUGGCCGUCUUCUUUUUCUUCACGACCCCUGAGAGUGCAAAGCCCGUGAAAGCGACGUUGAAAGAGAAGUUGCUGCAGAUGGACUUGGUCGGGGCCGGUCUUAUGAUGGGACUCAUUAUCUCAUAUAUCCUGGCGCUUCAAUAUGGAGGCCAGACACACUCGUGGAAGAGCAGCGAGGUCAUCGGGCUGCUGGUCGGAUUUGUGCUUAUGUCGCUCCUCUUCGUUGGCUGGGAAAUCUACCAGCAGGAGCGCGCAAUGAUUGUUCCCAGACUAUUCCUGAAGCGCUACGUCUGGGUCGGUUCCAUCUUUAUGUUCUUCUUUGCGGGGUCAUACUUCGUCGCCCUCUACUACAUUCCUAUCUAUUUCCAGAGUGUCUACAACGCCAGUCCUAUCGGCUCCGGUGUUCGAAUGCUUGCGCUGAUCAUCCCGCUCACCUUCGCAGUCACUGUGCAAGGUCUUGCCCUGUCCAAGAUUGGCAUUGUGCCGUUGUUUUGGAUUGUUGGCGGCACGCUUGGCACGAUUGGUUCUGGCUUGCUCUACACCAUGGACGCUGAUACUUCAACGGGCAAAUGGAUCGGUUACCAGAUCAUUGUUGGCUUUACCAUUGGAUGGACCUUCCAGGUCUCUCUUCAAAACGGGCAGGUUCAUGCGGCGCCGGAGGACAUGUCGCAGGUUACAGCUAUCAUUAACUUCUUCGUAACUGUUGGCGGCGCGUUCUUCCUCUCAGCCGCUCAAUCCGCCUUCAACAACCAGCUGCUGAAAGAACUGGCCGCUACCCUGCCAGAGCUUGACCCCGCGACCGCCCUUGGAACCGGUGCGACGCAGAUUCGUAACGCCUUUUCUUCCGACCAGGUACCACUUGUCAUCGAUGCGUAUAUGGUUGGACUCAAGGCUAUUUUUGCAAUCAUGAUUGGUGCUUUCGGAAUCGCCACGCUCAUUGGCUUUUUGGGGAGCUGGAAGAGGCUCCAUGGGGAUUCAUUGGCGAAGGCUACUGGGGGAGCUGCAUGA